GGAAGGUCUGAUAUCCUUCGAUUAUUCCGCCAAUAAACCCCUAGUUCGUUAAAUUGAUAUAUCCGAGGUACCAAAGAUUAUAUUCAAUUCCAGGAAGUGCAGCCACAAACAGAAAUAUAUGGUGGAACUACUUGAGCAUUUAGGCCUCUGUCCGUUACUGGAAGACCUCUCGAGCAGAGCAUUAAUACGGGGGUGCGGUACAAUCUACCUCCUUAUACAUUGCUUGCUCUUGCACAGGUAUAUAUCCUUCCAUGCCUCGUUCUUUGUCUUUUCCUUCGAACACAGCGUUUUAUCGCUCAAGAAUAAAACAACCGCAUUAUUCUGGGACUUUUGUCUUUACUUUUUAAUGAGGAAUGAGGUAAAGAUUGUCGUUACCGGAGAUGAGAUGGAAAUUGACCUGGCAUUGAUAGUGUGCAACCAUGCCUCUCUUGCUGACCACUUGGUGAUGGCGCACGUGGCCCGAGUAACCGCCCAGAAGGGAUAUGAUAACAAGCAGGGCAGCAUUAAGUCGCUUAUAUUGCCGCGUAUCAACUUUUUUACUUGGUUUUCCUUAUGGCAGAUACCGAGUGUGCGGGUGUUUGGCAAAAUGCUCAAGAGCGACGAGAACUGGGAAUUGGACGAUACUCUCAGCAACCAACUCUUCAGCAAGGUGAGCACCAACGCGCAUCCGGAGUGGGUAAUUUUGUUCCCAGAAGUCAACAUUUGGACCAAGGAAGAUGCCUAUUUGCAGCAGCGGCAGAGUGAGAUGUAUUUCACCCCUGUCUUCCAAAAUCUAUUGUAUCCGCGGUUUUCCGCCUUGGCCAAUGCCUUGAGUGCUCUCAAAAUGAACAAUUCGCUUUUCUCCAAGUACUAUGAUGUCACGAUUGUUUAUUAUCGACCGCGGAUACUCCAUGCCGCUUCAGAUGCACAAUCACCGAGUUUCCUAACCGGUGCUCUUUCAAGUUUCCCGGUAACCUCCACUUUACUCGGGGCGUCCGCACAAGCAUCUGGAACUGUGAAGACGGAAGCACCUGGUGGGAGUUUUGAGAUUAUCAACGAGGAAAGCUUUGAUCCUCCGUCGUUGCUUGAGAUUUUUUCCAAAAAGCCAUCCAAUUUGCUCGUCAGGGUUCACGUAAAAUCGCGGUUGCUCAGUCGAGUCCCGACAAAGAGAAAAAAGUUGGAGAAAUGGUUGGAAAACUCGUGGAAAGAAAAGGAUAAACUUAUUGACGAAAUGAAGGAGACCACUAGAGUUGUGUCGGAGUAGCAACCAUCGGAUAUAUUUAUUUAUUUAUUGUAGAGGAGUAUUGGUUGCGAUGGAUCAUAAGGCUAGGAAAUUUC